GAUGUUGGGACGAUUGUUUAGAAGGAUCGGUUUGUUUUAUCUGUAAGACUGGUGACUUUCAUCCACGUGAAAUCAUUUUACCAUAAAAGAGAGAGAAACAUCUACUACCUCAAGUUUGAACUUCUUGUGGAAUGCAAUAGAGCAGUUUGUAAAUGUGAAAUUUAGCGGAUGCAGCCGAAACGAAAAUGGCGGCGAGUACAAACUGAAGUACUAAAGUGGUACUAGGCAACCAUGGCUAUUGCUGGCUGUGAUUUCCGACAAGGAGGCGUUACGUUUGUGUGUGCUUUUGUGACCAUCUAAUUUAUAUCAUGGUUGUUACUGUGUUAAGAGGAACGUGGUUUGCUAGUGGAUAAAUACGUCUCCCCACCAUCGAAUUUCAAUUUGACCGGUUGAUGAACAAUUCCUCGUUGAAACAUAGUCAUUAACGAACCAAAAUGAACUCUACAAAGCCUAAAGACGCCGACAAGAUCACAGAGGCAUGUUGCAUGGCCUUCACACCACAGAGCUCGCCUACCCGUGGUGGAGAGGUGAUUUUUAUAACAUUUUCAGAUGAAUUUCCUCUGCCAGAUAAUGGAGACUUUUAUAUGGUAUUUGAAGGAAAAAAACAGCGACAUGUAACAACAGCGCAGCAAAUAAAUACAUUCACUCUUCGUGCCAUUGUACCAGAUCAUGACCAAGCAGAGAAAGUUUCACUAACUGUUUAUUGUGCCCAGGAAAGCAAAGUCGGACCUCUUUCAUCGCACAAGUUUUUAUACCUGCUUGAAACAGAGCAGAUUAUUGCAAAACUUUUAGCAGACAGUGCAUCAGACAGCAAGCUGUUUGAAUGCUUAUCAUCGCUGUCCUUGAUAUCAAAUGCAGUGUCCAAGGAGUACAGAGACACCUUAGAUUCCAGAAUAACAAAUGCAUUUGAAUUCUUGGAUUUGUCACCCACUUGGUCAUUAUUUGGAGAGAAUGGAGUAGAGAACUUUCAGAAUGAAAAUGGUCAGGAAACAUUACUCCAUCUUUCAGCACGUCUAGGAUUUUCUCAACUGGCAACAUAUCUGCUUGACCAGCCAGGAUCAAUGGAGGCUCUUCAUAUCCAGGACAAGUCAGGCAAAUUACCGGAAGAAAUAGCUCGGGAGAAGGGAAUGAAGUUACUUGCUGACAUGUUUUCAAGAGGUCCAGGUGAUUGUGAAAAGAGGACUGUAAAAGACAUGUCUAAACCACAGGUCAAAAAAAGCGAGCUGGGUACCACCACAAUAUCCAGUUAUAAAACUCAACAUCAGAACUCCCUUGAAAAAGAUAUUGAAAUGCUCCAAAACAUAAAUUCAUUGGUUGAAGAGGAAAUGAAGAAAAGAGUACCAAAGUUUCGUCAUUCUUGGCCAGUUCGAAGAAAAAAUAAGGACACAACAGAAGAUGCAUCCAGCAGUGAUGAGGAAAUAAAGCAAAUCAACAGGGAGCUUUCACCAAAGAAGUUCACAGGUCAGCUGAACAGUAUGACAUCAGCAAGGAGCAGUGGAGGUGGUAAUAGGCAACUGUUAGAACAAAAUCUCAAGAGACUGAGAGACAUCAAUGAAGAAAUACAGAAGCUCAGGAUGGUUAAUUCACAGAGAGGCUCUAGAGAGGCUGGAAGAAGUGGUAUGCAGGGAAAGAAUUUACGUCGCUUGUCCUGUCCAUCAUUAAGUGCACAGGACCUACAACAAGCCCAAGUUAUUGCAGGAAUGAAAUCUAAGGAGGAGAAAUCAAUUGUGAAUGGUACUGUUGAUCAAAAGGAUCGUAAAGCAAGCCCUCUUGGUAUUAAUCUUAGAACUUCGCCAGAUAGAACAAGAGAAACUACUCAGAGACAAGAGGAUACCUCUAAUAGUGCAGACGAUAAACUUCUCUCUGUGGAUUGUAAAAGUGAUGUACGACGGGCACAUAGCUGGGGGAAACACGAAGAGAGGCCUGAACUGAAUAAAAGAGUUAGCUCAAGCCUUGAUGAUUUAACUAAAGAAGCUGACUGCGAAGAAAAAGUUGAAAAUGACAAACCACGGAGCAGGAUACAUGCUCUCAAAAACAAAAGACCUGUAUCAUUGAAUCUUGACAGUCCCAAGGAAGAGGGGAACAAACUUGCAGAUAUUUUAGAUUCUAUAAAGAAGGCCAGUGAUGAUAAACAAAACUUGGGUAAAGCUUCAAGCAGUGUGUCGAUAACUUCGCUAACAGAUGUUGAUGUCAAUGUGAAUCAUAAGGACAACGGUCUUCUUUCUCCAAACAAAAGUAAUCUCCAUACAAAAUCAUAUUCAUACAGUUGUUUGGCUGAUCUUAAACUUGGAGAAGAUGGAAAUCCUAUAGAGGACAAAAAGCUUGGAUCCCAAUUUAGCCCCGAGAUUCAGAAGAGAAGUCUUUCCAAGGCUGAGACACAGAUGUCUUUGAUGGACUUCUUGAAUGAUGAGGAAGCUCAAGACAAAGCCAGUAACAGAUUGUCACUGGAAGAAUUUCUCGGCGUAAAUGGUCCAGAAUUAAGUGCGGAUGAUUCAGAAGAAGCGGAAAAGGAAAAGCAGGAACCUGGAAAGGGUAUCAGACGCUUUAGCAUGCUGUUUGGAAGCAAGUCCUCAACUAAGCAGUUAAAACGAGAACUUCCAAAGAUUCAGAAAGGGAGCAACAGAAGCAGCCUUAGAAAAGAAAAAAGCUUCUCUUCUCGGAGUAAAGACAGCGAAGACGGUAAGAGGGAACCUGGGGAUGCUAAAGAACAACUCAAAACUGCGUUGGGAAGAAGAGCGUCGGGAAUUCCAAGCAAGUUGUCCAAGUCUGGAGAACAGGUUCCGGUAUUACCUAACCCUGGAUUAUUAACACGGGGUGGUCGAGGCGGCAUGUCUUCCAGAUCCAGCGUGCAGACCAAACCAACUUCUCCUCUUCCAUUUCGAAGUAAAAGCUUCACAGUGGAUGAUGAAAACAAAGACAAAGACAAGGGAAAAGACAAAGAUAAACCCAAUUCGAGUGUGUCACCGGAUGCGUCUGGAGAUGACGAAGAUUAUGAUGAAGGGGAAAUGGACGAUGAGCAUCCAGGCGAUCCUGAUCUUGACAUUAAACCUGAACCAGAAGCUUGGAGCGUUAGCAUCGACAAGAAGAUUCUCAAAAAGAUGACAGCAAAAGAUAUUAAGAGACAAGAUGUGAUUCAUGAAUUAAUACAAACUGAAGUCCAUCAUGUGAGGACUCUAAAAAUUAUGCAGAAGAUAUUUUAUAAGGGAAUGUUAGAUUAUCUGUCGCAAGAUACUGCUUAUCAGAUAUUACCGAGACUCGAUGACUUGCUUCAGAUAAAUGGCGACUUUUUAAAUCGACUGAGGGCAAGUGAAGACGGCGAUACUAUAGUGAACAGUAUUGGAGAUAUCUUGGAAGAACAGUUUAGUGGAGAAAACGGUGAAAAAAUGAAGAGUGCGUACGGCGAGUUCUGCAGUAAUCACAUGGAGGCUGUUGAGCUUUAUAAGAAAUUACUAAGAACGGAUAAAAAGUUUGCGGUUUUUAUCAAGAAAUGCAACGCAAACAAGUACUGUCGACGGCUGUCAAUCCCAGAAUGUAUCACGCUUGUCACUCAGAGGCUUACCAAAUAUCCUAUGCUCAUCGAAGCUAUCGUGAAAACUACUAAGGAGUCCAAACCGGAUUUUAGCUCGCUCAAGAACUCCAUCACUCUUAUUAAGAUGAUAUUACAAAGUGUCGAUCAGACGAUAAAGGAUUACGAGAAACAGAAGUUACUUCAAGAAAUGAAAUUGAAGCUGGAUUUGAAAGUAACUGUUAACUUCAAGAAUGGAAAAGUUAAGAACAUCGACUUCGCAGCAAACACAAGCAAACUGGUGCACGAUGGUGUGUUAAUGUGGAAAACAGCCAAGAACAAACUGAAUGAAACUCGAGUCCUUGUCAUGGAAGACAUGUUGGUUUUCCUCCAGGAGAAGGAUCAGAAAUACAGUUUGCUGUCAUUAGAUCAGAAGGCCCCAGUUGUGAGGCUUAAAAAGCUCAUUGUGCGGGAGGUCGCAACUGAUAGAAAAGCCAUCUUUCUUGUGAGCCCCAGCAGUCAAAUACCAGAGAUGUACGAAAUAGUGUGUGAAUCGGCUGCCGAAAAGAAACGUUGGAUGGAGAUAAUUCGCGAUGCUGUGGCCAACGCCCCAGGAGAUGAAAAUCUUGAUGACUCUAGUCUCAUCACCACAGCUGCAGGCGAACGAAGGAAGAUUAUAUUACGUAGAGCCAGUGUACUUAUUGAUCAAGUACACAACAAGGACCUUGAGGACGCGGAUAGAGGAAAACAUUUAGCUGAGAUGCAGGAACUCGUCAGUCAAAUAGAGGCUAUGGAAAAAGAAAAGUCUAAAGUGGAUGCCGAUAAAAGCAAAGAACUGGCAAAGACGAAGGAGUGCCUGAUGACCACUAUGCAACAGGUGCAAUCUACAUUAUCCAGUGAGGAUCCUUCAUCUGAAGAGGCUCAAAGUGAUACUCAAGGGAGCUCCUCGUCCUUAUUUGUACCUGGAAUUGGACCCAAGAGGGCCGAGACUUUUAGUGGCUUCGAUAGCAAACUCAAACCCGAUAAUCUCAACAAAGACAACAUCAAUCGAGCGAGCUCUAUGAGGACUGAGAGACCUGGGAUGGGUUUCCCAUCCAGGCAGUUGCCGGGUGCGGUCAGUCCAGCUGGUGGAGCUAGUCCAAAGAUGAAACACAAGCGGCGGUCAAGCGGGGGAGGUGGAGGGUGGUCGUUCUUGAGCAAGAGCGGCGGAAAGGAGGACAAGGAACAGAGUGGAAGCACAGGUGAUUUAGCUUCUGAUUCGCCGUCCUCAUCUCCAAGUCAAACUCCUACACCCUCGCCGCUGCCCGGGCAAGAGCCUGACGCCGCUACAGACAUCGACGGUGGAGUUAAGAGUGCGCGCUUUAGACCUGUAAAAGAACAAGGUGGCAAUACGUCACCUCCGUUGCAGAUCAAAGCUGACCAUCAACAAGGCAGGCUCAAGCAUAACCUCAGGGAACAAGUACAGCAACUAUCGUCACCGCGCGCUCAGCGCCAGACCCGCCCAUUUAUUAUUGACGAGGAGGACAAGGAACGAGAACAAAAAGACCAGAGUCCAGAAGGUGCUACCCAAGACGUUAUUUAUUUCUGAUAGAUAUGGCUAUGACAAAUACUUUUUUUUCAUUUAGGAGAUAUUCACAUAAAUCAAACUUAGUGAAAAAGUGUAAAUAGAAGCGUGCGAUCAGAAAAAAAAUGUAUGUACGUUAUAAAAUUCUUUUGUAAAUUGACUUGGGUACAACAAAUUGAAUCAUCGUUUUAAUAUAAGGACGCAGAUAGUUUAACAAUGACAACACGUGAUUUAUGGUCACUGGUUAGAAAACAAUCGGAUAACACCGUAGCGAUAGAUUUCAAUCACUUAUUAGGUAGACGCUGUGUGAAAAGGUAUUGGUAAAUACGUCAUCUUUUUCAUGCUCUUCAAAUCUUCGUAGAUUUCGUAUUUCUUCUCCAUGCGUGAAAGGGGUGAAUAAAUCCUAUUUUUGUACAAUUUA